AUGGGCUCCCCAGAAACUCUGGGUGAAAGUGGUGGCCUCCACCAGCUGCUCGGAGCUCCAAGGUGCAGGGUGCGGGUGGCCGUUGGUGUUUUGCGAAGACGGAGGCUUGAGUGGCACCGUCAGCGGGCCAGCACGUGGAGCCCAGGGGCCAUCCGCCUGCAGCCGCUGGUGCUUCUCACGGCUUUGUCCUCUGGAAUCCUCACCGGCAGUGUGUACAGGGUGCUAACAAAGCGUCUGUAA